AUGUAUUGUCACAUCCAGGCGCUUGUAGGAACAAAGAGGUGCCCUGCUGAUCUGCAUGCUGGUGGGAACGAUGUGGUUUUGUUCAUGGUUUCCAAAGCUCAAAUUUUGGAUCUCUCGGUCUUGUCUCGGAAUUCUCCCUGGCCACGGAUCCUAGCAAUGGCGACUGCUUCAGCAUCGCGCGGAUUCAUGGCCAUCCUCGCUAUUAUCUCCCUCGUCUUCGCCGGGUCUUGCGCGGCUAUCGUCAAUGCGUCGCCGUUAGCAACCGUGGAAGCAGCAAAGACUCUCGCAGUUCCGUCGGAAGACGGCUCCUACGGCAGUUUGAAGGAAACCUUUCAGGCAGUCAAGCUCCUGAGCGUCGUCUCGAAAUCGUCGCUCGAUUCGGCCAAGCUCUGCGCGUGGCUGAAGAAGCUUCCCGCCGCCACGUCAGCGGAGGAGGCCUUCCAGAAGGUUUCGAUCGCCGCUGCGCUCGGGUGCAAAGGGGCUACCGCCGUUGUCAAGGAAGUGGAGACUCUCUUCUCGACGGCCGCAUCCUCCUCGUCCCUCGACCAGCUGUUCUACGCUUCGGCAGGCACGCAGAUCCUCAAGGCCAACAAGUGGAGCACUGGGUCCGUGCCGUCAGGCCUCAAGAAGGCUGCUGCUGCUAUCCUCGCACUGAAGCAGGCGGAUGGCACAUGGGCGAUGGGGAAGAACGGCCAGGGGUCCGUGGCUGCUGCAGGCGUGGCUUUCGAGGCUCUGGCUGCACUCAAGGAGCUGGGCCUGGUGGAUGAGAAGCAGGUGUCUGCUGUUACAGAUGCUGUUGGCUCGCUCUUCUCUCUCCUCACAACUGACUCGGACCCCAGUGGCAACGCCGUCUCAUUCUUCUCAGCCUCCCCCGCGGAGGGCGGGGCUCUCGUCGCCACGGCCUCCGCCAUCACGGGCUACCUCGCGCUCGCCUCCACCCUCGCCUCCCCGCUCGCCGUGCGCCCCCCCAAGGUGGCGGAGGCGGGGCGCUAUCUGGUGGCGGCGCUGCCUCUGUCACUGGCGGAGGCUGCGGCGUGGGCUGAGGCUCUUGCUGUGCUUGAUAACAACCCCAUCUUUGUGCCCAUCUUCCUCUCAUCUCCCGGCCACAUCUCUAUCUCUGCUGACCCCACGCUCACCGUGAGUGUGACAACAGCGCUGGGAGGCAAGGUACCAGGCGUGGCAGUGAAGCUGCAGAGUGCCACUAUCGGGGGUGGCAGUGCUGCAUCAGGCAAGGAGCUCACAGCAGGCAAGGACGGCAUCUCCUUCUCCGCCAAGCCAUUCUCCAAGGCCUCUACCCUUGGAGUCUACACGCUCAAGUUCAAGAUCACCCCUCCUGAGGAAUCGGCCUUCAUUGUCGGCAGCGCAUCAGUGGAGCGCCCUCUGCUUCUCUCUGCCUCCAUGGCAGUCACCAGCGUGUCUGUGGCUGUGCUUGACAGCGAUGGCGCCACUCCUGAGGCCGAGAAGAAGCUGGACUUUGAGAAGAGGACAAACUUCACCGACCUGUCAGCCACCCACCUGCAGAAGCUGCGCGUGUCUCUCUCCCUCGCCACACCCUCGGGGAAAGCCUUUGUUCCCCACCAGGCGGUGCUGCAGCUGGUGAAUAGCAUUGGAAUGGCAUACUCCUUCCUUCUCAAGCCAUCCGGCAGCACCCUCUCAGUUCAGCUCGAGCUGCUGGAGCUGAUGGACCGCCUGUUCUACCACUCGGGCGAGUACACUCUCAAGCUCAUCAUCGGCGAUCAAGUCAUGGAUAACUCAUUCGACUGGCAGCUGGGCACUGUCGACCUCGACCUGCCUGUGGCGCCUGAGACUGCCCCCAAGCUGCCCGCCCGCCCAGAGUCCCUGGUUGAGCGAUUCGCUGCCAAGCCCGAGAUCGCGCACAUCUUCCGCAAGCCGGACCCCCGGCCGGCGGUCGUUGUCUCGUACUCGUUUGUCGCGCUCGCGCUGCUGCCGCUCGUGCUGCUGCUCGUGGGGCUGGCGGUGCUAGGAGUGAAUCUCAAGGCCUUUCCCUCCGGGGGUGUGCCUCUCCUCUCAGCUCUGGCCUUCCACGGGGGAAUCGCUGCUCUUCUGCUGCUCUACGUCGCCUUCUGGGUGCAGGUGAAUCUGUUCACCACGCUCAAGCUCAUCAUUCUCCUCGCUGUCCUCACAGCCAUUCCCGGCCACCAAGUUCUCUCAUACCUUGCUGACGUGGCACCUAAGGCCAAAACGGAAUGA